AUGGCGGACGAAUUGAUUAUUAAGGUAGUAAGUGGUACGUCUGAGAAUCUGCAGGUGCAUGUGGACUUGGCAUCAGCCUCUGUACUGGCGCUCAAACAUACAAUAGAAAAGCAAAAUAUACAGCGAUUCCCCGUCUCGGCACAACGUCUGAUCUUUCAGGGUCAGAUUCUAGAGGACAACAAGUUGCUGACCGACUACCACGUGGCUGCGGGCUGCGCUCUGCAUUUGACUCUCUCGCCCAGUGUAGCGGCGGCUGUAGAAGCCAAUGCAGCUUCAGAAUCAUCUCCCUCUGCCCAGCUACAAACAUUCUUGCAGCUGAUGCGUUCCACGGAGCCACAAGAUCUGUAUGCGAUUGCAGUGCGCACGCUACAGAAAAUCUGCGCCAAUAUUGUGAACAACCCUAACGAGGAAAAGUACCGAAGCCUUCGAGUGGACAAUGUUACACUUAAGAGUAAGUUGUUUGAUAGGACGAGAGGACUGGAAAGUGUCAAGCUGCUUGGGUUCCAAGACAGCGUUCAAGCGGGGCACUUAGUCCUAGUGCCGACGCCGGAGAAGUGGGAAAAUUUAGUGGCGUGCAAGGCUGUGGUUGAUUCUGCAGCCGCAACAUUAGGAGGUGCAACAGCGACUCGACCUUUUGGAGCUUCGCCUUCUAUCGGAGGUAUGGGGGGAAUGAAUGGAGGCUUUGCAUCGCAGGCGCAAAGCUUGCUGCAGAACCCAGCAAUGCUACAGUCCUUGAUGAGUAAUCCCAUGGUGCAGCAACUGGCCCAGCAAAAUCCCAUGUUAACCCAGGUUCUGCAAAAUCCAGCAUUACUUUCACAAUCCUUGCAGACGAUGCAGCAAAAUCCAGCGAUGAUGCAACAGAUGAAUCAAAUGAUGAGUGAUCCAAAUGGAAUAGCGCGCAUGCAGCAAAUGAUGACAGGAGGUGGAAUGGGUAGUUUCGGUUCUUUUGGUGGUCUAUCCGGUGCAGGAUCGACUUCGUCUGGUGUCAAUCCAUUUGCUUCUAAUCCAUUUGCCAGUAGCUCUUCCACACCUGUAGCGACCGCUUCAAACGCAACUUCAUCAGGAGUGUCAACUGUAUCGCCAUCUGCUGCUGCAAUGUCUGAUGAAAAUGAUGACGAAGCAUAUAAAGAGGACGAUAUCGCUCUUGCUAUCGCGCGAUCGUUGCAGGAUCAGUAA